CCAAACCUGUAUGACUUUUCUCUUCUGCAGAGCACAAAAGAUAUUUUGAAGAGAACCAUAGACAUUUGUCAAAAUAUCUUUUAUGUUCUACAGAAGAAAAUAAGAAAACCAUAAACAUUGUUUGAAUGACUUGUGGAUAAAAAACUAAAAUUUCACUAUCCUUUUAUUUAAAAAAAUCUUAUUCUGCGAGAAAUGAAAGCUACCUGACGGCAACUGUGAGAACACCCUGAAUACUGGAAAUAGCAAAUUUGUGUUUAUUCUUUUCUUUUUUGUUUCUCUUACAUGUGCAUAGCAUAACGUUUCACUUAAAAUAACGCCAUCUAGUGGCUUUCCAUGAAUAAAAUGGACAUCAUUACGUUUUCACAAUAAAUAACCGAGUAAAAUAAGACAACAUGGUUUUACAAUAGUGUGUUUUCACAAUAACAAUGAAUAACUUAGUUGUUGUACAAAAUAGAAAUUAAGAGUUUAUUCGCAAAACACAUAACUCUGUUAAAAAAGGUUUUUGUGCAUUCCAAGUAAUAUCAAAACUCACAAUAAAACACGAUAACAAAUAAACGAAAAAGAAAAGAUCUAUUUUUGCAAAUGAACUCUUCAAAUGUAAACUGCUUUUACAACUGCAGCGUUCACUUAUAUGUGUUUUAUAGUGCAGUCUUGCCCUGUCCAAUAUGGCGGACUCGGUCACGUCUCGCAGUAACAACCUAAAGCUCUCAAUGCGGCGUCUGUGCAUGUGGCGACAGCCGAACAAACAACUGACUCUCACAACUGCAUUUCAACAAAUUUGUGUGGACAGAAACGGGUACUGGACUCGUGUACGUCAUACAGUACAUUGCAUAGGCCAACGUGGAUUGUUUUAUAAUAUACUCGCAGAGAUAUGAGCGGCGUGUCAUCUGAAGGUUUUGGUUCCAGUCGCUGUCUUCAUCUAGACCUGGGGCCGGUUACAUAAUCUGCUUAGACUAGUUUUAGAAGUUAGUCAUCUCAUUUUUGUCAUCAAGAUUGGUCAUAACUUCUUUAAAUCGGUUACAUAAAAAGGUAGAUUAGGCUAAUUAAAAUAUGAAAAGUAAGACCGUUGUAAAGACACAGUCUUAUUUUAGCGGCUAAGUUUAUGCAACUGGGCCCUGCUCUCGUCAGUAAGACUGUUUUACACUCAAUAUAAAAUAAAAUACAAAAACGGUUAAUAAAGAUUUGAGCUCACGCCUCAAGUUUAUGAAGUCACUUCCUGUCUGCUGUUUUGGUGGCUGUUACUAUGGUAACAGGUGCUAUUUAAAGUUAUUGCACACCAAAAUGUAUUAGCUUGAGCAAUUUCAUAUGAAAUAUUUGUGAAUAUUUAUACUCAACAACACUAUAGGAUUAAUUGUAUUUUCCAGCAUUUCCUUUAAGCAUUUAGUAUCUCUAGUGUUGUGAGUUUAGUAUGUAAAUAAUAUAAAGACUUGGUUUCACUGUUUGUUUUGUUGGGAUAUGGUCAUGACGUAUGAGACGGCCGUCUGGAUUAGUGGUGCAGGGCCUGUGGUUUAUUCAACAGCUUAGAGAUUCACGGUGAAAGCUGAACUGAAAUGAACAGCACAGAUUUUAACCUGGAAUGCAGAACAGGGGGUGUGGAGAGAGAGAGAGAGAGAGAGAGAGGAUAUAAUAACAUUGAGUUAGAGGAGAGAAGGAGGGUGAAAAGGAAGGACAAAGAGGUAGAGAGGGCAGAACCGCACAAGCGUCCUUAAAACCAGUUACAGUACCCGUGUCAUCCCAUCAGUCGACAAAUCAAGUGCAAAAUGGAAACAGACCUUGUGUGCCCUCAAAGAUCUGAAUCUCAAGAUAAAUGUACUAAGAAUGAUAGAGAUUCCCAAUUGACAGAAAAUAGGGAAACACCGGGAGAGCCAGAAAAGCAAGACGAAGAAGCUACUAGUGUGAUUGAAAGAGUAGAAUCGCCUCCUCAACUUGACGGUGCUCACACCUCCUUACCAGCAGAUGGAGCUGUUGAGCCAAAUAUAGACGACCUCAACAAUGAGUCGAAUAGUGACCAGACACAAGAAUGGCCACCAGUGCCUGAACUUGAACUUGCUACCCAAACAGAGAGCUAUGAGUGUCAGGAGGGGGUAGACACAAACACCCAAACCAGUGAUGAUGUGCAGGAUGCUGAGGGUGUGCAACAAGAAGGGUGUCCUGUUGAGCAUCCACUCGACUCACAUGAUGAUGCUGUUGUGUUUAUGUCCGAGAACAGCGAAGAGCAAAAUACAGACUGCAAACCUGUAGCUGAGUCUUGUGUUAAUGCUCAGAACAUCCAGCAGGAGGCGCUUGAGCCAAACAAGACGAGGAGUCUGAAUGAGAAUGAGGUGGAGCAACAGGUGUGUGACGAUGCUCCGCCCCUAGAUACAGUUACAGGUGAGCCAGCCAAUCCAGAGCGAGAGAGCCGUGCCUGUAGCUCUACUGAAGAUCAAGAGCCAUUGACAACGACAGAGGCGAGGAGAGACGGUGAAAGGGAGGAGGGGAGAGAACGUGGUGAAACAGGUGAGGAGCGGAAGCAAACAGGUGGAGCAGAAGAGGAAAGACAAGCGGGAGAAACAGAGACCCAUUCGGACACAAAGACAGAAAGGAAAGACGGUAAAAUGGAUGUCGAUGAGAGCCAGAGUGACAGCGGCGUAUCUGCAGAUUUCUCCCCCAACAGUACCACAGAUGUGUCCGAUUGCCCCGCAAACCCCGAAUCUCCUCCGAAUGAAACUCCCAUCGAGAGGGAAAUCCGUUUGGCCGUGAUGAGAGAGCAGAACCUGCGGCGUGCUCGAGGACUGGAUGACGCGCCGGACAGGGCGAAGGAGUUUGUGGAAAUUCCCGCGAGGAAACCCAUCCUCUCUCAGGAUCCCAAACCGAGUCCAAGCUUGGACAAAGACAGGCAGUUUGCCGGAAAGAAGAUGCAGAGGGAGAUCAGCGCCGAGGCGGAGAGGGAGAAGGUUCUGGUGGAGUUGGGUCGGCUACCGGGAUUUUACGACAAGGGCAUGGAGGUACAGGUUCAAGAGAAAAAGCUUCUCUUUGAAUCGCUUCGAGAUCCAAAUGGAAGAUCGAACUCCACCAGCGGAGAACAAGCUGCCGCAAUACAAGAUUUCUAA